AUGUCGAAUGAGGACCGAGCUCGCGCUGCUGAGCGAGCACGGCUUCAGGCGGGUCUAGCUGACGCGCUUGCCAAUGACGAUGACCCUCUUGCUGCGUAUGACCAGUUCAUCAAAUGGACAAUCGACAACUACCCCGAAGGCCACCCGAAUUCUGGCCUCUCCGACCUCCUUCGCCAAGCCACAACAGCUUUCAUAAACGAGCCCAUCUACAAGACUGACAUUCGUUAUCUCAAGCUAUGGAUUCUCCAUGCACGAAGCCUGGCGCUUCCGGAGGGAAUUGCGGCCUUGGCAUCGCUCAUGUCGUCUGGUAUCGGAACCUCAUAUUCGACAUUAUACGAGGAGUACGCGCGCUUAUUGGAGCUCAAUGGCCAGGUAGCUGAAGCUGACAAAGUCUAUCGCAAGGGAAUCAAACGUCAAGUUCGCCCGCUUGACCGGUUGAAAACAAGAUAUCGAGACUUUCAAUCUCGGCAGACGAGCACUGCGACUGAUCUGGAUCGUACCCCCACUCAACCCGCUGUACUCCAAACCGAUGUUCAGUCGCGCUAUGCCCCCAUAUUUGCGCCGCCUGCAGCAGGAAAGCGCAAGGAAGUGCCGCAAUUCGAUCUCGCGCUACUGCUUAGCGACAAAGAAUACUGUAUUCAAGAGGCACGCGCCAAAUCACUUGGGUUGUACGGGAAGAAAUGGCCUCCUCCCCCUCCCCCCGUGCCAAUUGGCGCCAGCUCCUCAGCAUCUUCAUCGUCUUCUAUGGGGGCCUCUAUGAGGGUCAACUUCAACGAUGAUGGCCAAACUUCUUCGAGGUUAAAGCGACGACGUAGUACGGCCGAGCCUACCGUCACCAUCAACACAAGAGAGGCUCUUGAGGAUGUGUUUGGCAUGUUCAACUCGCCAGAAAAGACAGCCAAGCUCGCCGCAGCAUCCAUCAGGAAAAUUGAACCGGCCACACCUAUGGCACCGCCGCCGACCUUCCGCAAGUCAGUCAAUGAAAACGAGAACGCACGAACACCUGCGACAUUCCGGCCAUUUGUGGACGAGAAUUCUGUGGCAAAUAAUAGCAGGAAAGAAAACACACCAGCGAAGUUUGUUCCCUACGUCGACCCGGAGGAGGGAAAGACGCCGACAGUUAUCGCCCCUCGACCAGUUCUGGGUACCAAGGAAGCUGUGGCACCGCGAGCUAGGACUCUAACGGAGGAAAACAAACCAAUCGUCAAGCCGGAGCGUAGCGUGUUCAAAGUUUUCACUCCCGCACCCGAUCAGCAAAAGCCAGUGCCACUGCCUUUACGUGAUGUGUUCACUGAUGACCACGGCAAACCUCAACAACGACCUACACAUGAGCGUGCAAAGUCUUACCAGGAUCCUGCCUCGGCUGUUUCAACAUCUCUUCGACCGCUGACCGGUGAAACUCGCACCCCGUUCAAGGUUUUCAGUCGACCAGAAGAGGGCCAAAAUCCAUCAGCCGCGUUCACACCUUUCAAAGACCCCAGGAAUGUACCUCCUCCCGCUUUCACUCCCUAUCGCGACCCUCCCGAAACCAAACAAACUCCUUCGCCUCCUGCUAUUGCGCCGUCCCCCCCGCCUUCUCCCCCCUCUCAAGGCUCAUGGGCCGAGAAACACGUUGAAGUAGAACAAGACCAUUAUGAGCAGGACUUCCAAUAUGACAACGAGGAUGACGAUGGCGUUGGGGAUUACCUGCCUCCAGAAGAUGACCAACCACCGCCGGAGCCUGAUCAAAGCUAUGAGGAUACCGGCGAAGAGUCGUACCAAGUCCCGCUCGGUGGCCGAUGGGGCCAAAUUAACGUCAUGACCCCGAUUACUGAAAGGACUUUUGAAUAUACCAUGAACUCGACGGCAAGAUCAUCAGCGUUUGGGGAGACUCCAAGUCGUGUGCUUACCCAAUUACCUGAAGACGACGAUAACGGAGGGUCAAGGAUGUUGUGGCGAGAUGAGCGACAUGCAAUAGAAGCUGCUGAUCAACUGGCUGCUGAACUCCGGGAGGGUCAACAACUUGGAGGAUUACGAUUAGCUGACACACUCAAACUUGCCUCCGACUUCAAACCGCCCAAUCCUUGCAAUGCGUUCGAUGAUAAGAUCAUGUCGGCCAUGCUAUCACUCACCUCCGCUGAUCAACACUGCAUUGACCUGCAAGACCAGGAAGCCAAUACAUUAGAUAUGCUCCAGAAAUUCGCAACUCGAUCGAGGAAAGGGAGCGGUGGUGGGUCAUACGACAACAGUCUUUUCCCGCUCAACAUCGCUGGCCAUCGAUUCUCCGUGUGCGAGAAAUUGGGUGAAGGCGGGUUCGGGGCCGUUUUCAAAGCGAAGGAUUUGGGAACAAAUCUGCCGGAUGAUUCCGAUGAUGAGGACGAGGACGAUGAUGUCUCGCUGGUGGCCAUCAAAGUCGUCAAACCUCGGAAUACCUGGGAGUAUCGCGUCCUUCGACGGCUGCAUUCCAGCCUUGCGCCGUCUCUGCGUCCUUCCGUCAUUCUCCCACAAGCAUUGUUUGCUUUCCGCGACGAGAGUUACCUUGUGAUGGAUCUUUGUCCUCAAGGCACACUUCUCAACGUUGUGAAUGGGGCGAAUGCUGCUCAACUGGCUCAAGCGGGGGGCACGUUGGACGAGCUUCUUGUCAUGUUCUUCUCUAUCGAGCUGCUCCGUGUCGUUGAAGGCUUGCAUAGCAUCGGUUUCAUUCACGGGGACCUCAAGAUCGACAACUGCUUGCUGCGACUGGAAACUGUUCCUGGCGGGGCCGCCGCCUGGUCCAACGUGUACAACCCAUCCGGCGACGAUGGGUGGCGAUAUAAAGGGCUGAAGCUCAUUGACUUUGGACGAACAAUCGAUACGCGGUUGUUUCCCCCCGGUCAGCAGUUUAUCGCCGACUGGGAGACGAAUGCACGUGACUGCUUUGAACUUCGGGAGGGUCGGCCAUGGACGUACCAGACAGACUACUUUGGGCUCGCAGGGAUCGUCUACUGUCUGCUGUUUGGCAAGUACAUCGAGGCAGAAUCUGUGGUGUCACGUGAUGGGCGGUAUAGAUUGGCGUCGCCACUGAAACGAUAUUGGCAGAAGGAUAUCUGGGAACCUCUUUUCGAACUGCUACUUAACCCCUCCGGCGUCCGAGAGGAUAGUUCUUUACCCCUCAAUCAGGAACUCAGUGAGAUUCGAGGUCAGAUGGAGAGUUGGUUGCAGGCCAAUUGUCAGCGCACAAGUAACCCCCUCAAGGCGCUACUGCGCAAGAUCGAGCGUGACUGUAUCUAA